AAUCUUUUCUAUCCUAUGUGGCAGUCACAUGCGGAAUUCCACGUGUACAUAUGUUUCUUUGAAAUUCCAGUCUUAACUAAUCUUAUUGGUUCUCCGCUGACCAUGGCUGACCUCCCGCCAUACCCUCCCAUCGAACCCACUACCUUCGACCUCAUCGUCAUCGGCACCGGCCUCCCCCUAUCCAUCAUUUCCGCUGCAGCUUCUGCCCUCGGAAAAUCCGUCCUUCACCUCGACUCCAAUACCUUUUAUGGCACUCACUUCGCCUCUCUCUCCAUCGCCGAGCUCUCCUCCUUUCUCCAGAAUCCCCCUCCUCCCCCACCACAAACUGGUAGGGAUACCACCUUCGUCAAUCUCACCACCCGUCCCUUGUAUUCCGAUCUCGAUAUUUCCAAUUUUGCCCCUGACCUCCUCGCCGAGCACUCUAGGAGUUUCCAUCUCGAUGUUUCAGGGCCUAGGGUUUUGUUCUGCGCGGACAAGUCCAUUGAGUUUCUGCUGAAAUCGGGAGCCAAUCAGUACCUGGAGUUCAAGAGCGUGGACGCCAGUUUCAUGGGAGAUGGAACCGGGGCAUUGUGGAGUGUGCCGGAUUCGCGGGCGGCCAUUUUUAAGGAUAGGAGCUUGGGAUUGCAGGAGAAGAAUCAGUUAAUGAGGUUCUUCAAGCGGGUGCAGGAGCACCUGCUUUCUUAUGCUGCUGAAGAGGAAGAAGAAACUUCUUCCAGGAUUGCAGAGGAAGAUUUGGAGAGCCGAUUCGUUGAAUUCCUUGAGAAAAUGCGGUUGCCCCACAAGAUUAAAUCGAUUAUUUUGUAUGCAAUAGCCAUGUCAGAUUAUGACCAAGAGAAUAUUGAGGAUUGUAAAUACGUGCUCAAGACAAGAGAUGGGAUAGAUCGUUUAGCUCUCUACCACGCAUCUAUCGGCAGGCUUCAAAAUGCUCCGGGGGCUUUGAUUUAUCCCAUGUAUGGACAAGGUGAACUACCGCAAGCCUUUUGUCGUCGUGCUGCUGUCAAAGGUUGCAUUCACGUACUGCGAAUGCCAGUUACUUCUUUGCAUCUAGACAGGGAUAAUGGAUGUUUUAAAGGCAUUAGAUUAGCUUCGGGCCAGGAUAUAUUUAGCCAGAAGCUGGUCCUUGACCCAGCCCUUACAGUUCCACUGUCAUCAGCUUCUUCUUUGGUCGGCCAUCAACAUGUAAGUCUCAAAGAUUGUAGUGGGAAGGUUGCUAGGGCAAUAUGCAUUACAAGGAGGGCCUUGAAGCCAGAUAUAUCAAAUUGCCUGGUCAUAUAUCCUCCUAGAUCCUUGCACCCGGAUCAAACUACUUCAAUCAGAGUUCUCCAGAUAGGGCGAAAUCUAGCUGUUUGUCCUCCAGGCAUGUUUGUGUUGUAUCUUUCAACUUUGUGUGAUGAAGGCAAUCAAGGGAAAGAAUUACUUCGUUUAGCCAUUAAUACAUUGCUUACCAUUCCUGCUCCUGUAAAUCCUGAUGGUAACUCUUCGGUAGAGUGUGAAAAUAGUCACAACAAAGAAGUACGGUCCACUUUGCUUUGGAGUGCAUUAUAUGUUCAGGAGCUCAGUAUGGUUGAACAUGAUUUUAUCAGUUCUGCUCCAAUGCCAGAUGGGAAGUUGAGCUACAACAAUCUUUUAGAUGCUACUUUGAAGCUCUUUCAGAAAAUCUAUCCGGAUGAAGAGUUUUUCCCAGAAACUGACUUGCCUGACAAUUCCGAGGAGGAAGGUGGGCUGGGCCUAGAGACAUGAGAGUUACUUUGUUCAGCUAAAGUGUUUUAAUUCUCAAUAAACAAGGAUUUGGCUCAGGAGAUCGUGAUGAUUUCCGGUGCUUUUGGAGUAGGCACAAUCCUCAAGCACUAGAAAAGUUAUUAAACCCUCAUUUUCUUGUGAAACCAUUUAUGAAUUUUGAACUGGUUGGGCAUGUUAUUUAGAAGGCGACAGCUUUUUUAUGGCACAUCAUUGUCUUAUGGAAUGAAUCGAGGGUUUAGUAUUUAUAGUG